GUCAUAGUAAGCUGGGAGCAAGGCAUGUGGUUGUAGUCACCGGCUGUUAUUAGCAAUUUUGUAGUUUUGCAUGUGUAUUUCCUCUUCGCAGAUUAGCUGCAUUUUAUGGCCGAAUUUGUGUGGGGCUCUGCAACUUCAUGAUGCGUUUAGUCUAAUUACAAUUGCAUUGAGUUCCGAAAAAUCUAACGAAAAUGAAAUUGUAAAUCUGGUACUACAAAUCUGUGCCCAAUGAUCCUUGCGAAAAAGUAAUAUUUCAAAAGACAUAUUUUAUAGUGUAGUUCCCUGAUCCUUCUUGAACCUGAAUUUCAUGUGCCAGUGGUGGUGUUAUGGCGAUAAAUUGAGUGUUAUAAUACAGUAGUUUUACAUAUGUACUAACGCGGUUUUAUGCGAAGUAAACCAUCAGUUUGUGAAAUACUGGAAAAAUUAAUUGGCGGUACAGCAAUGUCUCUUGAUUCCUCAAAUGAGCUAGAACUCCCAGCUAUAUUUACUAUGAACUUAGAAAAUCACGAUUGGAACAAUGUCACAUUAAAUGUAAAAGAAGCAAUGAAGAAACUGAGACCUAAUAAUGGGAAUGUGUCAAAUAAAAUACUAAAACAAGUGGCACAUGCAUUGGAUAUUCAAUUAUCUGUUUUGCAAGACGAGCAGUCAGCAGAAGUUAUUGGUGCAAUUACUGAAUGCUUCAGAUUUUUGAGAAAUGCUUGUGCCGUUGACCGUCAUUUGCAGAAGUGUCUUGUCAAUUCAACAAUAUUUACAAGCACUUCAGAUAUCUUAGGAAUUUUGUGUAGUGACACUACCCUUGAAAAUAAUCUGUCAUGUGUGAAGAUUAUUGUUCAAUUUAUUGGUAAUGCAAUUGUUGGUAAUCAGAAGAAUCAAAUUAUAGCUUGGGAGAUUUUCCACCCCCAUGUGAAAAAAUUACUUGUGAGUGUAGAUGACUCCCUUGUAAAUUUUUCCUGUAUGGUAUUGUAUAAUAUUUUAAUUGGUGAAUUAGAUGCUACUCUACAAUACAUUACUACUAAUAUGCCUUUGUUGUUAAAUUGUUACUCAAACGGUAGUGAGUUUGCGAUGUUCAUAGUUGAGUAUGUAUUAGGCAUAGAUAAACUACUCGAAGAAAUAUAUCCACAACUGAAUUCUGAAUAUCGCUUAGAACUUUUAGAUGCAAUAUGGUCCCUGUUAGUUGAAAGAGAAAAAGAAACUGAAGAAAAUGUAAAGUUUCCUGUAUCAAAUGUGUUGUUUUUGGUGAAACAACUAAAGCAGCAAAUUGACAGUGUGUUAACCAUUGUAGAAGAAGGAAUGACUGCGGAGCCAAGAGAAACGUUGCGUCUGUUGGAUGUUGUAGCAUGUGCCUCAUCUCGAACCCAGUAUCUUCCUUCCUUGCAGGCUGAUCGUUCUCUUCUUAUAAGUAUUGCAUGUCUCCUAAAGAACGUUACAGAAAUUGGGAAAAGUGAUGGAGGCAAUAUUUUCAGUAGUGUACAACGGCUUUCUGAGGUGAAUUUGAGUAAUGAAUCUGUUCAGAGUCAUCCAGUUUUUGGUUUCAAGGUAUCUCUGGUGCGUCUUGUUGGAAACCUGUGCCAUCAGCAAGCUGAAAAUCAGAACCAGGUUCGAGAACUUGGUUGUUUGCCUGCCGUUUUAGAUGCUUGUAAUAUUGAUGUGUACAAUCCAUUACUGCUGCAGUGGGGUGUGUUUGCAGUGCGUAAUCUGCUAGAAAAUAAUCUUGCCAAUCAAGGGAUAGUGGCAGAGUUGGUGGCAAAAGGUCCUGCUUCUAGUGCUGUGUUACAUGAAUUAGGAAUGGAACUACAUCAAGAUGAAGGGGGUAGUAUUCGCAUUGCCCCAUUGAAAAGAUCAUGAAAUCUUCCCAUUACGUAGGACUAUUCCAGAAAUUAUUGUGAAAUCUGGAAUAAAAUAAAACUCUCAUGUUUCAACAGUAAGUUCUUGAGGGAUACUAAUGUUGACCUGUGAUAUUAUAAUGAUCGAUAAACAUACUCCAUUGUAAUAAGGUAGUAUAUUUCUGUGGUAUUAAUUGUGUUGUGAAGAUAAUGGAAAUUCCAUUUAUUAUUAUUUUUUUUUUUUCAAAUAAAUUCAGCAAAGUUAAUUUUGAAGAAAUGGAAAAUGUCAUUACUUUGAAAUAUAUUGUUAUUGAACUGAAUAAAUGUUUUCGUUCUAAUGGAAUGGUAUUUUACUUACUAUUUUGUUAUUCCUUUUUUUCUGUAUAUAAUGGAAUACAUCAUUAAAUUAAGUUAGAUGCCUGUAAUUAUUUUUUUCUAAACUUCGACCAUUGUAAAUUUUAUACUACAAUUAUCUAAUACAAUUCGCUGCUGAAUUAACAUAUCAAAAUUCCCACAAACGGCAAUGACAAAUCAGGUGCGCUUAGAAGUUCACGUGUCUGAACUGUCCGGUUCAGCUUCGGAUUUUCCCCGAAGUCCCAUCACUUGCGUCAUUUGUGUACUUUACGAUGACAUUUUAUAUAACCACAAUUUCGAUAGAUGUAGGAAUAUGACUCAAGUUCUGUAGAAUCGCAGCUUCUUGAAAGGGCCGGAUACUAGCUAGGUUUCAUACCCGCUAUUUUUUCGCAUGAAUCAUGCGUGCUCGUGCAGUGCACUGUGCAUCAACGUAAAUUGACGGUCAAGAGCAGAGUGCAUAACGGGCGUUGUCCCGAUCUGUCGGAUUUUACUUUUAUUAUAUAAAUCACGUGUGAAAGUCACGUUAUAGGUGUUGUCGUAUGCCUGAGAAAACUAUAGAUGAUCUUCCCUAUGAAAUUCUUCUUAAAGUGUGCUCUUACCUCUCUCUUGAAGAUAUUAUUCUUGGUGUAAGACAUGUGAAUGAUGAAUGGAAUGAAGUAGCUCAAGAUUCUAGACUUUGGAGACAUUUGCCAUACUGCCCAUCACAUCAUACCUCUUCAAGUGACAUUAUAAAUAUUUUAAAGCAGGCACCUAAAUUACAGGUUUUUAAGCCUGAAGGAUACACCAGGAAGAAGAUCUUAGAAGUAAUAAUUGCAUACUGUAAGGACAUCAGAGAGCUAGAUGUUUACAUCGAUGAAGUAGGUGAUACUUUGGUUUCAAAACUUGUUAAAGAAUGCCGAAAUAUUGAAAGUCUAUCAGUGAUUGCCAUUGAUUUUGAGGGAACAAAAUGUUUGAAGUUGAUAAGUAAGUGUACAAAACUGAAAACUUUGAGACUUGGUGGAAAUGCAUCAAAAAGUAAAAAGAAUUUUUUUGCUGAUUUAGCUGAUGGCUGUCCGUCUCUUCAAGUGUUAGAUCUCAAGAAUUUUUAUGAUUAUUCCAAUGAUGAUUUGCAGCGUUUAUUGCAGAAAAAAGGACGUAAUAUUGUUUCUCUGGAAUUGCGUUGGUCCAGUGAAAGAGGAAGGUGCACUCUACCAGUUGUUUCAUAUUGCACUAAUCUAGAAUCUCUACAUGUCGAAGAAUAUGUAGAUGUACAGACAGUCGAAGGUUUUGCUGCUCUGAAAAAGAUUCAGAGUUUGAAAAGAUUAUCUCUUCCGUAUUUUAGACAUUGCAACGUGAAUUAUUUGUUAGAUUUUUUUAAGAAUGGUGCUCUUCAAUCUUUGGUGAAACUUGAUUUAACAGUCUUUGAGAAUUUUGAGAAUAGUUUAGCAUGGCUAAUAUUUCAAAAAUGUACCUUACUUAAGUUCUUAAAACUUGUGUACUGUCCCAAAAUGACAGAUGAGGGUUUGGAACUUAUAUAUCAGUUAAAACAUUUGGAGUAUCUGAGUAUUGCUGGAUGUGAUCAAAUUACUGAUAAAGGUGUGGAACACAUAUCAAAGUGUGUAAAGCUCAAGUAUUUGAAUCUUAAUUCUUGUUACAAAGUUACAAGUGAGAGUUUAGUAAUAUGUUGUCAGCAUUUAAAAUUGUUGCAAGAGCUGCACAUCAAUGGUUGCAAUGUUCGAACUGAAGCAGUAUUAGAUGUUCCAAAUCAGUUAAAGUAUUUGACAUUACUUGAUGUUUGCGAGAAACAGAUUAACAAAGAAACUAUUAUGUCCAUAACCAAGGACAUAGGUUGUUUGCGUGUUAUAUAUCCUGACCGUUAUGAUUGAUUACGAUUAUCUCUCAGAUAAAAGUAUUAAAAUAAAUUAGAAUUUUGACCACUACACUUACCUCUUCUUUUUUCUUUUGACAUAUCUUUCUCUUUGUACAGAUAUAAUACCAGGUAUAGAAUUUAUUUUGUCUUGGACUCGAGAACUGAGGCUAUCUAUGUUAUUAUUACGUACUAAGGAACGAAACUGCAUUGUCAAUUGAUGUAGGCCAUCAUGGAAUCAGAUUGCACUUUGUGUCUGUGUUGAAGUGAAAUUUCAUAGCCGUAUCUGUUUUCUUUGCUCUGUAUUGUGAUUGCAAAUUUAUAUUUGGGUUUUAUGAGUCUUGAGAAACUGAUUGACAAACAAACAUUUUAUCAUUUAAACGUGGUUUUAAUCUGUAAUAUAUUGCCCAUUUUAUGAUGUUAAUCCUCACAAUAAAGGAGUUAAUAUCAUGAGAGGUGCUUAUUGUAAGUUGAUUCGAAAAUGAAAUGAUCGUCUGUUAUUCUGUUGUAAUGAUCAAGUCUCUAACCUAAGAUUUUUGCUUUUUAGACAUUUAGUUUUCAUUUUACAAAAUUUAUUAACAAGUACAUUUCAGUUCUAUUGUUGAAGAUGUGAAUUUAAAUACCUGUUAAAUUUAUAAUUUUAGCAUGGCUUUCGAGUAACACUAAGGUUUUACUGAAUCAUUUGCUGUUGUAGCUGAGUUUAUAUUCUGAGACUGAACAGGUUUCAAAUUAUUUUUAUGAAAUAUCUUGUAUAUAAAAGAAAAUCUUCGAUUUUUAUUUUGGAAUGAAGCUCCACGUUGAUAGUUUGCAUGAAUAUAAUUGUUUGUUUGUUUAAGUUUUUCAGUGAUUCUUUUAGUUUUUUGGAUGUUCAGUUAAUGGAGAAAUGUGUCACUAGUUUAAUUAUUUUAUAUAAGGGAGAGAAAAAAUGUGUUUGCAUUGUUUCCUUGCACUGAGUAGAGACAUCUAAGAUUUAUCUUCUUUCUUUUUGCUAACUAUGAAAGGAGUCCUACCUUAAUGGUGGCUCUAGAGUUAAAAUUUUAUGACAUCUGUCAAAACUGAAAUUAUGAUUGUGGUGAAAUGGCUAAAUGUUACAGUUCUUCCACUUUGUACGAUUUGUUUGGUUAGAAAGAUUCUGGAUGGUUGCUUAUUAUUUAGAGACUUGUCAGAAUUAUAGAUCUUGCAACUUUUAUAUGUACUGUACAUGUGAAUUAAGUUUUGGACUUAACUUUUCCUAAAACUUGAGUAGGGAGGUGCCAAUAAAUAAUCAUCUGUGAUUCUUUUGUUAAAGCUGUCUAACAAACUUAUUUCUAGAACUUAAAAUUUAAUAUCUACAGUGUAACUAAUAAACUAAAAGAAUUGGUAAGUAGUCUGAUUAUUUUUAAUUUUAAAAAUAACUUUAUAAUGGAUUUUUUGUAAUUUUUAAUUUCAUAUAUCGAAUCUCGAAAUCUUUCAAAUGUUGCUAUUGAUUUGUGUGAUAUACACAACAUUUGAAAUUUGCUGAGGGAAAGUAAGGUCCCUUCCUUUAGUGGUGUGUAAUAUUGAAAGCAGUUGCUCAAAUGUGUAUUUUUAAUUUUAUAUUGUUUUUAUUAUUAAUUACAUUUUCAUGUUACAUUCUUACAGACUUAAUCUCUUAAGAUCAGCCAGUGAAGCUGAGCCAGUGACUUUGUGACAUUUUUUGUUGUUUUGGGUUGAUUUUCUUAUCCAGACCAAAUGGAUUGAAUGUAAAUAACAAGUUUAAUCAUGACAAAAUAUCUGAAAACAUUUUUCAUAAAUGUUCUGGCUUUCUUGUUGACAAUUUAUUGUGUGACUUGGGAUUGAAGUGAACGUAUGAAGAUAUUUUAAAAAAUUAUCAGUUUUAAGCCUGUGGUUAUUCAUUGAGCUUGUAAUGUGUGCUUAUUUUGCACUGAGACCAAAUAAUUUAAUACAACUCAGUAUUGUUGGUGCUGUUAUAUCAUUACAGUUUGUAAGAUAUGAUACUUGAAGAGACCAAUAUGUAAUACUUGUAAUGUAAAUGUGCCAAACGUGAAUAUGAUUAACAUUGAAAAAUGGGAAAGAUAUAGCAUACAUUUUUCAUUUUAAUGCAACUUUCUCUGUAAGAAAAUAUGAAGUAUAGAGAACUGAGAAAGAUAUAGUGUACAUUUUCCAUUUUUAUGCAUCUCAAUUUCCUCUGUAACAAAACAUGUAGUGAUUGUAUUCGUUUAAAUAUAUUUUUCAAUUCAAUGUCUACAAAAUUGAUUUUACACCAUAAGACUUUGCAUUGUUCGUUUCAAUAGAUUAUUUACAUUGACGGGAUCUCUGCAAUUUGAACAAACAGUAUGCUUCUUGAUAAAUGUGUUUUGAUUUCUAAACAGACACUACAAAGAUUGAAGAAGUUUAAUUUUCUAUUCUUUCUAUGGGAAAAACAAAUUUAAUCCAAAGUGAAAAUGAAUACUAAAAAAGUUAGUUGUGAGUCAAAGAUCAUUUCCAUCUGGGAAAGGUUAACUGAACAUUGUAGCAUGAAUCCAUUUUGAAUUGUAGAAUGUUUAUUUCUUACUUUUACUUGUAACAUUAUUGUUACUAUUGAAAUGUAUGGCAACAUGUAUUUGUUCCUUUAAUAGAACCUAGUAUUAGUGUACAGUGUUGAAAAUCAAUAUUUGUUCAAUAGUGUGAUCCUUUUGAUAUUGCUCUCUCCAAAAAGACAAUAAGUGUAUAUUUUUGUACAUAUUUAUAGAAUAUUUCAAAAGUUCCUUAAAUAAAUUCUUUUGAUGCA